AACUAAAUCGUCCUGCGACCAAAAAGUAUUGGAGAUCUCCACAACGAGACGUGCGUGUGAUGCUGACGCUUUAGUUUGUUCUGCAACGCCUGCCCACAUUUCAAGCUUCUUACCUACAUUAUUUGUACGAAGAGCCUUCUUUUUUCGUCAUUGCUUAGCUCCCCUUCGCGCUUUGGUUCAGAAACGUGUUUAGCAUGGCAUUUUUAGUACCUCAACCGAUUUUCAAUGCAUCAACCGUGUCCAGCUCAGAUGCUUUGGUCUGUCGCAAACCGCGUCGACUAUCGUCCUUCAUCCCAAGUUCAUUUCGCCAAUCAACCUCACCAGCCUGGUCAAACUCCCUGCGAGCGUCUCCACUCCAACCACGCGUCAUUCGAGCUCCACUUCUCGCCUCGGCCUCUGUUGCCAAUCCACCACCACCCCAUAUCCUGAUAUCUGGCGCUCCUGCUUCAGGAAAAGGUACGCAAUGCGAGUAUAUUGUGAAUAAGUACGGUGUUGUCCACAUUUCUACUGGCGACAUGCUGCGAGCAGCAGUCAAAAAUAACACCGCCUUGGGUGUCGAGGCAAAGUCAUAUAUGGAUUCUGGAAGCCUCGUUCCGGAUGAUCUCGUGAUAUCAAUGCUAAAAGAACGCAUUGCUGAGGACGACUGCGCGAAAAAAGGAUGGCUCUUAGACGGAUUUCCGAGAACUGCGGUGCAAGCAGAGGCGCUUACGGAAGCCAAAAUUCUCCCAGAUGCGGUCAUUGUGUUAGAGGUCAAAGACGAUGUUCUUUUGGAACGGGUUGUCGGUCGCAGAUCUGACCCGCAGACCGGGAAAAUCUAUCACAUCAAAUUCAGUCCGCCCUCAGACCCAGAAGUGCUCAACAGACUUACUCAGCGCUCUGAUGACACCGAAGAAAAAGCCCGCGUUCGUCUCGAAAGCUAUUACAAGCAUGCUCGUUCCAUUGCAGACCACUACGAGUCUACACUCCGCAAAAUUGAUGGAAAUCGGGACAAAGCUGAUGUCUUCAGUGACAUUGCGUCAAUUGUGGAUAGUUCGAUGACCGAAAAGAAUGACGAUGACGACGACGAUAUCACCCCGUCAAGUCCUGGUGUAAAGUCAAACACUGAAACAAAAUCAAAUCCCGACAGCACUGUCGGAAUUCCCGUCGCAGAGUUUGUGAGAAGGGCCGAAGAAGCAUACGAGAAGGGAGUUCUUACUAAUGAAGAUGUCAAUUGGAGCGGACAGGCAGGUGUAGACACCCCAGGUAGCUCUGGAACCUCAAACUACAGUGACUUGGGGAAAAGACUAGAUCUUGCCUUGGGAGACACUGCCGCUUUUCUUCUCUUUGCAUACAUUGGAAAGGCCUCUCAUGGCGAUAAAAGCUUGAAUUUUGGCGUUGUGCAGACAGCAACUCCUUUUAUUGUGGCAUGGUUGGCAACAUCCCCAUUGCUCGGGGCCUAUACCAGAGCUGCAACCGCCAAUGUCGCGGCAACUGUUAAGACCUUUGCAAAGUCAUGGGCUAUUGCUGUGCCGAUGGGAAUUGGGUUGCGAGGUGUAUUGACGGACCACGUUCCACCAGCUGUUUUCGCCGUUGUCACUUUGGUAUCAACUUUUGCUAUCGUUGGUGGCUGGCGUGUCUUGUACACAAAGAUUCGCGGAGAUGAGACUGAUGAGGCUAGAAGGGGUGGCAUUCUGGAUGGAUUUAACAUGGUAUCUACAUUACUCAGGAGAUGGUAACGCGGACGCAUCUCGUUCACGAACAAUGCUAUCACUGCCGGUGAACUCUUUCGUAGCCUUUCGUAGCCCUAUGACGUAUACAGUGUUUGCAGCCUAAAAGGUAGGGGGCAGCUUCACGGCA